GUUGUCUCAGUACAUCCAUCUGUCUGUCUCUCCAUCUGUCUGACUGCAGUGAUUAUUCCCCCUUUAAGCAGCCACUCACAGAGAAAGGCCAUGGUUGUACCUCCCUUCUCCGCCCCCCUCCCUCUCCUAGUGGCUCUGCUUCAGCUUGCAGUACUACCUCUUGUCCACGCGGGGGCGUACUACAGACACAAGCAGCACCCACAGCAGCAUCAGCCCACGCCACACCUGUCCCACAUGGGCAUAGGGGGUAAGGAGCAGCACCCUCAGCAGCAUUGGCCGGGAAAAGAGAUGCCACACAUGCAGUACCCCCAGUACAGAAAAGAGAUCCCACAGAUGUCCAUGCACAUGGGCAAGACGAACCCCCACAAGGGUGGAGUAGUCAACAGUGGACAGGAUAAAGGUCAAACCAUCCCCAGUGGGGCAGUGGGAGGUCUCCCUGGGGGUCUGCCAGGAGAGCAGGGCCCAGCUGGGCCUCCCGGACCUGAGGGUCCCUCUGGGCCUCCAGGACCUCCCGGGGAAGGACAGCCAGGAGGGGAAGGAAAACCAGGCCACGCUGGUCCCCCAGGAUUCCCUGGAGUAGGAAAACCAGGACUCCCAGGAAUUCCAGGCAAGCCAGGCAGCAUGGGAGAGCCAGGAGUACCUGGAGAAUUGGGCCCCAGUGGGAGGGAGGGUCCGAUGGGGCAGCCAGGGCCUCAGGGGUCCCCUGGUCCUUCAGGUCUUCCAGGGAUAGGAAAACUAGGGGCUGGGGGGUUGCCAGGACAACCAGGAUCCAGAGGAGAGCCAGGACACAAAGGCCUGCCGGGACUACCAGGAUUACCAGGACCCAAGGGUGACAAGGGGAUUGGACAGCCAGGACAGCCAGGCCACAAAGGACUAGCAGGACCUCCUGGACCUCCAGGACAGGGAGGGAUGCCUGGUGUGGGCAAGCCUGGAAUGAAUGGCAUGUCAGGGCCACCAGGAGGACCAGGGAAACCAGGCCUCCCUGGAGAGCAGGGGCUGGCUGGACCAGCAGGAGAGGGCGGAGAGCCCGGUCCACCAGGGCUGCCAGGGCAGGGAAAACCUGGCCAGAAUGGUCUGCCAGGACAACCAGGAAUGCCCGGUGGGAAAGGGCACCCAGGCCCUCCAGGUUUUCCAGGGAAGCCUGGAUUGCCUGGAUUCGGAAAACCAGGAUUCCCAGGACCCAAAGGAGAUAAGGGGAUGGGUGGGAUGCCUGGAGGCCCAGGACCAAAGGGAGACAAGGGCCAUGGAGGACUGCCUGGUAUCCUAGGACAGCCUGGAUCAAUUGGACCAGCUGGUCCCCUUGGCCCUAUGGGACCCCCUGGAGGUCUGGGUCAACCAGGGCCAAAAGGCGAGGCUGGAGAAGGAGGUCAUAAGGGGUUGCCUGGUGGGCAAGGGGAGCCUGGUCCUACUGGACUGACUGGUCAGAAUGGCUUCCCUGGAGAGGGAGGAGAGCCUGGGCCAAGGGGUCCCACUGGGCCUGUAGGACCCCAAGGGGAAGGCGGAUACAAAGGGUUACCAGGCGCCCCUGGCAUUCCAGGCCUACCUGGGCCAAAGGGAGAGGGAGGACUUCCAGGCGAGAAGGGUCCCCAAGGUCCUAAGGGCAUUCCAGGUCUGGGAGGUGCAGGUGGGCCGAUCGGACCUCCUGGUGCUCCUGGGUCUAAAGGUGACAGCGGACCUCCUGGUCUUCCCGGCGUUGAUGGUAAGGGAAACCCAGGUGUCCCUGGUCCUCUUGGACCUCCAGGUAAAGAAGGUCCUGGAGGACCACCGGGAAGCCCAGGCCAGCCAGGUCCACCUGGUCCCCCAGGGCCUCCCGGACCCACUGACAUGGGAGCAGUCCUCCCUGAGAUGGGUUUUCCUCCUGAGCUGGACGGAGUCAAGACUGCCGGUUAUGGCAAGAAGGGAAAAUAUGGAGGAAACGGAGGAGAAGUGAUGGGCCCCAACGGCCUGGAGAUGCCCGCGUUCACGGCUCUGGUGACCACGCCCUUCCCACCUGUGGGCACGGCUGUGGUGUUUGACAAAAUCCUGUACAACGGCCGUCAGAACUACAACCCCCAGACAGGCGUGUUCACCUGCGACAUGCCCGGGAUCUACUACUUUGCCUACCACAUCAGCUGCAAAGGGGCCAACGUGUGGGUGGCGCUGAUGAGGAACGAUGAGCCUGUGAUGUACACAUAUGAUGAGUAUAAAAAGGGCUUCCUGGAUCAGGCAUCGGGGAGCGCAGUGUUGCCUCUACAGCCCGGGGACACUGUGUACCUCCAGCUACCCUCGGACCAGGCCGCAGGACUAUACGCUGGCCAAUAUGUCCACUCCUCCUUCUCUGGGUACUUGUUGUACCCCAUGUAAGAACACCAACCUCCAGAGAAGAAGAGAUGGUCACAAAGAGAGAGAAUGUUGGAGAAAUGUAAACAUUGAUUAUAGAAUUCUUUAAAUUGAUAUGUUGUUUUAAAAACAUCAAUUAUCUGCUGAGAUUGACGCUGUUGAGAUCGACAGUGACGGGAGGACAUGUCGGACCAUCCCAGGGAAAUUCUGAGAGAGGAGUGUGCUUGUGUGAGGGUACAUAUAUGCAGUUUUUAAUAACAAUUUAUGUUGGGGUACAAAGAUUGCUGUAUCUAUUUACUGGUCUGAGAAGUUGUCACAACAACACUGCAUUAAAAUAUUCCAUUACAGCAACUGGGUUCAUAUAUUGUAAAAUGUGGUGAUAUAUAUUGGUUUGAUUUAUAGUACAGCACAGACUGAUGUGGAGACUGUAGAAGAAAGAAUGGGAUAUCUGAGGUAUAUAUUUAGUAUUGUGUUUUCCCCAGCCCCUACAUGUUCCUAUUCAAACUGGCAGCUGCCAUAAACAAAACUGUGGCAAAGAAUGUAAAUUGGAUAACUUUAAAAAGAAAACUAAAGAAAAUAAAAUGAAUAGCUAUGUUGGCACCUGAACUUUUGUAUUACGGUACUUAUAAAAUGGCAAUUGAAAACCAAUAGAGACAGUUCAAGAUUCACAUAAAGUGGUUCUAUCAUUUAUGUGACAUUUUAGUUUGUUACAUAACUUUGUUGUUUUGUUUUUGUUUGAUUUGUGUGAUUAUUUUUUGCUGUUACUUUUGCAGACAAGCAUCAUCUGUGAUGUUUAUAGGGGUGAUUUUGUUGCAUGAAAUGGAUGGGAAUAUAAUGCAUUAUGGGUGUAUUGGCUCAAAGCGAUGCCUCUUGUGGCACGUAAAGAGUAAUGCUCCAACAGACACUGACUAGCCCACAAAAAUGAAAACCACUGCUCUCAUUACAAAGCCCCUUCUUGCUGUAUGUGUCUGUUGUCAGCUGAAUGAAGCAGGAGUACUAUACUGACAGAGGUAUGAAACAAGUUUGACCAACAGAUAGACACUCAUUUAGAUGGCCUAUACGGUUAUGGAAGUAGGAUAGGAAUUGAUAAUCAAUUGUGAAUAACUUUUGAAAAACAGAAUUGAAUGAAUAAAUUACUCUGGGGAAAAUGGUGUGUAGGCCUAUUCCCUCUGGGUUCAGCAGUACAGAAUUUAAGUCAUUGGGUUAAAGGUACUGUAUGUGGAGGUUAAGAUUGAAGGUUAAUAAAUACUUUGAUGUCAAUUCGCGAGAAUAAUGCCCAAAAUAAACCAGGAGGAGGUGUUUGUGGUUACAAGUUAGUGAGGAGACUUAUAGACAACGAAUAUAGACAAAGAAUAGAAUGUCAAAAGAGAGAGGGGGAAGGGUGAAAAUGCCUUCCUGCAUGCCCCCUCUCUCACCUCUCACCCACCUAUAUAUCCCUAUACCUCACCCCUCUAGUCUACCCUUCCUUUCUACCCAUCCCUACCCUUCUACCCCUCCCCUGACUCCAGGUAUCAAUUCUGUUUUCUAUCUUUAUUUCACUCAAUGGUGCUAAACACAGUAUAAUCUAGAAGAAAAAUAAAUGAACACCUAUUAAGACGAGGUGCUGGCUAGCGGAGUAGAAAACUUGAAAAUAAAAGAGAGCCGCACACUCUAGGAGCUCAGAUGCAAAAAUGUAAUUACCAACGUUUCGACAGCCAAGGAUUAUACCCUGAUGAAGACAACUUGGCUGAGUUUGUGCGACACAUCGCUGACAUAUCAGAUUAUUGUUUAUACCCUGAUGAAGACAGCUUGGCUGUCGAAACAUUGGUAAUUACAUUUUUGCAUCUGAGCUCCUAGAGUGUGCGGCUCUCUUUUAUUUUCAAGCUAAACACAGUAUAACCAAACAAAACCUUGCGUUUUUAUGUUUUUACUGUUAUACUGUAGAUGUUGUUUUUUAAAUAAAGAUGAUUUAA